CGCAGAGAGGAAGGCGAAACGAUUUUGAAUUGACUGUGUGUUAGAAGCAGCCAUGUCUGGUUUCUCGAGUUUAAUUUCUCACAGAAAUGGAGCAAUCUCUCUGUUGCGUCUCAGUUUUUCAAAAUUUGGAUGUUUCUCUCGAGUUGGGUUUUCUUGCGGCGGCGCUGUGAAACAUUCGAAACGAGAUGAUUAUACUUCUCACGGAGCAUUUGGUGUCUCUGGACUUGAUAUGGAGAAGAGCAUAUAUAACAUUCUUACAAUUGACCGUUGGGGGUCUCUGAAUCAUAUGGAUUAUAGACAGGCUCGUCUUAGACCAGUUCAUGGGAAGCUGGCUUUGAAGUUUCUUAAAUGGGUAGUUAAGCAGCCCGGUUUGGAGAAUGACCAUAUUGUUCAGCUGUUUUCUAUUACUACACAUAUAUUAGUUAGAGCUAGAAUGUAUGACCCUGCAAGGCACAUCUUGAAGGAGUUAACUUGGAUGAGUGGUAAAUCAAGCCUUGUUUUUGGUGCUUUGAUGGCCACAUACCGGCUUUGCAAUUCGAACCCUUCGGUUUUCGACAUUUUGAUUAGAGUAUACUUGAGAGAAGGAAUGAUUCAAGAUUCUCUGGAAAUAUUUCGCUUGAUGGGUCUUUAUGGGUUCAAUCCUUCUGUACAUACUUGUAAUACAAUGCUAGGUUCCAUCGUAAAGAGUGGUGGGGAUAUGUCAGUCUGGUCUCUCUUGAAGGAAAUGCUUAAGAGAAAGAUUUGUCCUGAUGUAGCUACCUUCAAUAUACUAAUUAAUGUUCUCUGCGCUGAAGGAAGCUUUAAGAAGUCGUGUUAUCUCAUGGAAAGGAUGGAGAAGAGUGGUUAUCCCCCAACGAUAGUUACAUACAAUACUGUGCUCCAUUGGUAUUGUAAAAAGGGAAGAUUCAAAGCGGCUAUUGAUCUUAUCGAUCACAUGAAGUCAAAAGGGAUUGACACUGAUGUCUGUACAUAUAAUAUGCUUAUCCACGAUUUGUGCAGAAACAAUAGAAGUGCCAAAGGUUAUUUGUUGCUGAGGGAUAUGAGGAAGAGGAUGAUUUACCCCAACGAAGUCACGUACAAUACGCUUAUUAAUGGUUUUUCUAAUGAAGGAAAGGUGCUCAUUGCUCGUCAACUUUUGAACGAGAUGUUAACCUUUGGACUUUCCCCGAAUCAUGUUACUUUCAAUGCUUUGAUUGAUGGACACAUUAGCGAGGGAAACUUUAAAGAGGCUUUGAAGAUGUUUUAUAGGAUGGAAGCACAAGGUCUUAUACCUACUGAAGUUAGCUAUAGUGUACUUUUAGAUGGGUUGUGCAAAAAUGCAGAGUUUGACCUAGCAAGAGGCUUUUACAUGAGAAUGAAGAGAAAUGGGGUCUCUGUUGGGCGAAUAACAUACACUGGAAUGAUUGAUGGGUUAUGCAAAAAUGGGGUUUUGAAUGAAGCAGUUGUUAUGCUUAAUGAAAUGAGAAAAGAUGGUAUUCAGCCUGAUAUUAUCACAUACUCUGCUCUUAUAAAUGGAUGUUUCAAGGUGGGGAGGUUGAAAUCAGCUAUGGAGAUAGUAUGUAGAAUUUACCGAGCUGGUCUUAGUCCAAAUGGCAUCAUCUACUCGACCCUGAUAUACAACUGUUGCAGGAUGGGAUGCUUAAAGGAAGCAUUAAGAAUUUAUGAAGCUAUGAUCCUCGAGGGCCAUACCCCAAACCAUUUCACGAUAAAUGUACUUAUCACUUCACUAUGUAAAGCUGGUAAAGUGUGUGAGGCAGAAGAAUUUAUGCGUUGCAUGACAAGUGAUGGUAUUCUUCCUAACGCAGUUAGCUUUGAUUGUCUUAUCAAUGGGUAUGGAAGCUUGGGUGAAGGGCUAAAAGCGUUCUCUAUAUUUGAUGAGAUGACCAAAGUAGGUCAUCACCCAACGUUCUUCACAUAUGGUAGUCUGCUCAAGGGAUUAUGCAAAGGUGGGCAUUUGAGACAGGGAGAGAAGUUUCUUAAAAGUCUACAUGAUGUUCCUGCAGCUGUUGAUACUGUAAUGUACAACACACUACUCACUACGAUGUGUAAAUCAGGGAACUUGGACAAGGCUGUCUCACUUUUUGAUGAGAUGGUGCAGCGAAGCAUUCUGCCUGACAGUUAUACAUAUACCAGUCUUAUUUCUGGGUUGUGUAGGCAGGGUAAGACUGUUAUUGCCAUACUAUUUGCUAAGGAAGCUGAAGCUCGAGGUAAUUUACUUCCCAACAAGGUGAUGUAUACCUGUUUUGUGGAUGGUAUGUUCAAGGCCGGCCAAUGGAAGACUGGUUUUUAUUUUCUGGAGCAGAUGGCUAAGCUUGGCCUUACCCCUGAUACUGUUACAACAAAUAUAAUGAUUGACGGUUACUCAAGGAUGAGGAGAAUAGAGAGGACACAUGACCUACUUUUUGAGAUGGGGAACCAAAAUCGAGGUCCUAAUCUGACUACCUACAAUAUUCUAUUGCAUGGGUAUUCAAAGAGGAAAAACGUAUCAACGAGCUUUAUGCUGUAUAGAUCCAUGAUAUGGAGUGGCAUUGUACCUGACAAGCUCACAUGCCACUCUCUUAUCCUUGGGAUAUGUGAAUCCAACAUGUUGGAGAUUGGUCUUAAAUUUUUGAAAGCAUUCAUAUGUCGAGGUUUUGAAGUUGAUAGGUAUACGUUCAACAUGCUAAUCUCCAAGUGUUGUGCAAAUGGAGAGAUCAACUGGGCGUUUGAUCUGGUUAAUGUCAUGAGCAUUUUGGGAAUCGCCCCUGAUAAAAAUACUUGUGAAGCCAUCGUAAGCAUCCUCAACAGGAACCACAGAUUCCAGGAGUCUUGCAUGUUUUUGCACGAAAUGUCGAAGCAAGGUCUAUCUCCCGAAUGUCGCAAAUACAUUGGUCUCCUUAACGGUCUUUGUAGAGUGGGAGAUAUAAAGACUGCAUUUAUGCUGAAGGAUGAGAUGAUAGCACGCAAGAUAUGUCCGGUUAAUGUAGCUGAGAGUGCAAUGGUGAGAGCGCUUGCAAAAUGCGGCAAGGCUGACGAAUCUAUGCUGCUUCUUCAGUCUAUGCUGAAAAUGAAGUUGGUUCCGACUAUUGCUAGUUUCACUACUCUAAUGCACAUGUUUUGCAAGAAUGGUGAUGUCACAAAGGCCUUGGAACUGAGAGACGUCAUGAGCAAUUGUGGGCUGAAGCUUGAUCUUGUGUCGUACAAUGUAUUGAUUUCUGGACUAUGUGCUAAAGGUGAUAUGGCAGUUGCAUGUGAACUCUAUGAAGAGAUGAAACAAGAUGGAUUAUUAGCUAAUGCGACCACCUACAAAGCUCUCAUCAGUGGAAUACUUUCCCGAGAAACCAACAUUUCUGGGACUGAUAUCAUCCUGAAAGAUUUACUUGCUAGAGGAUUCAUAACAUCCACGAGCGUUUCACAAGAUUUACGCAAAACCUUGACAGUGGUCAUGGAGAAGCUGAAGACCUUGCAAACUAACAUGAAGAGAUAACAUCAGGACAAGCUAUAACAGUAAUCAUAUGAUCAACUUUCCUAUGCAAAUGAGUGUUGAUGCUUUUCUCAAUCAUCGGCGUCUCUGUAACACGAUGAUAUCGUGCAGUUUAUCGCCCUAAAGAGCUGGAUAUGCAGAGUAAUGUUCUCUGAAGGAACUGCUUUGUCUGAUUCACAUUCUUGGUGUGAGUGCCAGUCAGUUCCAGAAGCUUAAACAUUAAAGCUUGUACCGUUAUACAGAACAAGACAAGCAAGACAGUGAAGCUGCACCAUUACUGGCUCCUUUCUCUGACAAAUACAACUCAAAAAACUAUCAGGAGACUUUGAUUGAAUCUCUUAAACUUCCAGAGACAAAGCAGGGGAGGGGGGAACAAGCUCUUAAUAGCUGGAUCUGUGUUGUCAAAUCAUGUGCUGAAUUCACCUGUAAUCAAUCUGGACUUCACCAAAACCAAUUCAGAUAAUAGUUCAGAGAAACAUGAUGCAGAGCCAUGGAAGCAACAAAUAAAAGAAAGCGUCUUCUGUGUCUUUGAGGAUUUUUUUUUCGAUGAAUGUCGGAACAACGAGAGAAACUAGUUGUUGUGUUGGGAUGGUGUCUGAUGGGAUCUCUUGAUGCAGACAGAAUCUAACAGUUCGUCAGAUUGCAUCACUGGAUAUGUUCCAUUUUGCAGUACCCACUCGUGAGCCUCUCCUGUAACACAUACAUUAUUAUAUGUUUAAAUGUGUUGAUUGUCUGUUAGUCUACUAACAAUUUUUAUUUUACAUACAAAUAUGUAACAUGUUUAGAUCA